AUGUCUCACGAUAAAGUCUUUGACCCCGACGGAGAUGUCACCCUCAUUCUCCCUGGGAAUCUAGACGAGUAUGCUCCUACAUACUUGUUACGAUAACUCUAUAGGCUAACUUAUCAAAGAUUUGGUAUCCCAAUUGAGUCCAUGGGAGGCAAGUCUCAAAAAAGCAAUGUGCGCAUGAUAGUCUCGUCCAAGCACCUCACUCUCGCCUCUGAGGUUUUUAAGGCCAUGCUUUCCUCCAACUUUCAAGAAGGUAUCACGCUUCGUUCCGUCGGCUCAGUAACUUUCAACCUCCCAGAUGACGAGCCGAUUGCAUUCGAAAUUCUGAUGAACAUGGUCCAUGGAAAGUUCAGAUUGGUACCGGCAAAAGUUACUCUGGCGAAUGUGACAUCUUUGGCCGUAUUGGUUGAUAAAUACCGUCUCCAAGAAGUUGCAGAAGUUAUGACAAAGCGAUGGCUUGAGCAACACGAGGCGUGGGAUGAUUUCUGUAAGAAGUCUGAGCUUACCAAUGAUCACCUUUGCUACAUGAAGAUAUUCUCGGUGUUUGAGAGAGAAGAUGCACUCCAAGAAAUAAUGAUGAGGAUUGGAUUAAUUGCUAAAAAUGCGGCAUUUCAAGACAACUUUGGAAAGGAAUUUUAUGAGAUACUUCCUGUGUCUGUCAAGGCAAUCCAUUAG